AUGCCGAUCACAGUCGGAUGCCCAGAAGACUCCGUCUCACCCGCUAUUUUCUCUACUCUUGCGGUCAGAAAACGCGCCCAAUCGCUGACAUGCCGGCGCAAGCCACUCUGCAAACCAUCAAUAUUCGAGCGAUAUGGCUCGAGCGCAUCAAGUGGUGCCCGCAUCGGAUACGCUGCACGAGGCGAAUGCCCUGCCGAUGCAGAGGAAAAUCAAGCCGUCGCACCGUCACCGAAGAGCAGAGAAGCCUUUGCUGAUAAAGGUAAACCUUUCGCAGAAGACGUUUCACAGUUGCGGAUUGCAACUCCAUGCGGAUCAUGUGCCUCGUUUCAGACUCGCAGCGUAGCCAGUCCGAAAGAUGGGCAUAUUCUGAGCCCCCCACGGACAUCGAGCGAGAGAUCCAUCAGAUCUUGUCAAUCACGUUGCCGUUGCCGACAAGGUGAGUUGUCGAGCAGUUCAGUAAGCAGUAGCCAACUAGAAAGGUGCAGACAAAAGUCGCCACAAGCUGCGUGUUCCACCGAAUCGCUGUUGUCAGCAUUCAAAGAGGCUUUUAAAGCUCAAUCUCUCAAAGCAGUCAGCAACUACGAUGGAAAAGGAUCUCUUACGGACUUUGUAAGAGCAUUAGAUGUGAAGUACCCUCCAACUGUAUGGAGUGAUGACGAUAGAAGGGACAUCCUUCUCGAUCACCUGGUAGGAUCCGCAAAGGCACAUGUCAAGAACUUGCCGGAAGAGGGCCGCAUACUGUCGUUCAACGAAGUCGUUGAAGAAUUGCGGAAGGCAAGGGACACACCAUGUGAACGGCUCAAGGCGGAGUCCGAAUGGAAAAGUCUAAGAAAGCGCGACGGAGAAUCAGUCUUCGACUUCUGCUGCAGACUGCAAAGCAUCGCCAACCGAAUGGCGCCAAAGCAAUGUCUAGACUUCCAGAUGGGAAGCAAACUAUACGAGUGCCUAGCGCAUUGGUCGGACUCGUACCAUAUGCUAGCAGCUCUGGACGCGCCAGAAGGACGCAUAUUUGAAGAAGUUCGUAAAGUCGCACUCAGGCUGGAGCGGACACGUAAGCCCGUUCAGCUCGAGCGCAGGAAACAAUGGAGCGGGCACCGAGAAAAAGGUGAAGAUAUGCCUGCAGCAGGCCAGUCCCACCGAGAGUGCCCACAGCAGAAUGAAAGCUCGGCAUUCAAAAGUAGGAAGAAUCCCACAAGGCCGAGCGUGCUGCCAACCAGUAGACCGGAACAACGCCCAAAUCGUUCAUCGUUCUCCACCAAGCUGAAGUCAUGGUGUUACAAGAUUGGGCAAAGACGGUCCACUGUGACCAAAGCCUAUGGAGAGCCGUGCUACUGUAACAUUGGAGUGUUCGGAUUCGAGACCAGAGCACUAAUUGACACAGGCUCUGUAGUAUCCAUAAUACCAGUAGGCCUCCUCAAACUCGCUCAAGAGCGAGGAGUGGACAUGGACCGAAUGGUGACAAUGUUGGGAGAACCCAACCAAAACCAGGUCCUUGACGCAUCAGGAAACCCUAUGAAGUUCCUUAUGCGAAUUGCUGUUGAAAUUGAGGUCAAAGGAGCGAAAAGGGCCAAGGUGCAGUUGCAUGUCCAACAAUCCGACGACACCCUCAUUCUCCUCGGAACCAACGCAAUGAAAGCGUUAGGCAUUGAGGUGAACUUGAAGCCAGAGACUGACCUCAAUCAUGAAACGCAUUCUACGACUAAAAAGGAUGCGGUAAAACCCAUCAAAAAUGAGGUGGCAAGAGCAAGAAAAAGAGUCGUGAUACCACCAAACAGCUCAGCAUUUGUAGAGCUGGAGGGGAAAGGCCGUGGACCAGAGCAGAUUUUCUGGUCCAACAGCAGCAAAAUAGCAUCCGGAGUAUGCCGCAUAUCCAAGGGAUGCGGCACAAUACCAGUUGUUAACAAAGAUGUCGAAGCAUGGGUGAUCCCGAAAGGACAUGUACUAGGAGAAUGGUCCGACGACCCAUGGUACGAUCCAAGGAUGGCAGAUAUACCCGGAGAUAUGCUGGAAAUGCAGCGGGGUAUAGAAAUGCCAUCAAGGGAUAAAGCUGUCGAGGUAAUCAAAAUGCUCGAAGACAACAAGCGCACAGGUGAAAUCCCCGAGGAUUUCAAGAGCUUGAUCCGCGAAUACAGCGAUGUGUUUGCUGUAUCGGACUUCCAGCUAACUCAGACACACCUCAUCGAGUAUGACAUCGACGUUCAAGGGCAUCCUCCAGUGAAGCAAAGGACGCGCCCAGUCCCCUACGGAAUAAGGACUCAAGUCAAGGAGAUGCUUCAGGAUUUGGAGCAACGAAACAUAAUCGAAGCCAGUUCAUCACCGUGGGCUUCUCCAAUCGUUCUAGUCGCUAAGAAAGAUGGCACUAUCAGAUUUGAUCGUCGUUCCGAUGAAAACGAUCCGGCAACGAUUGACUUUCGUUGUCCUGGAUACUACAUGCAUCACAAUCAGCAACUGCCCUGUGCUAUUCCGCGACCCUGGGCAACCGUCAUUCCGAAUGCGCCGAUUCCGGACAUGAUUCACAAGGACGCCACUGAGACAAACGUCGAGCAUCCUCCCAGAGCCGGAGAUGAGGCUUUCAAUGUGGAUCGCGUCGUAAAGAAAGCUCUGAAGAGUUCGAUUCUUCUGAAACCUUGGAUGGUAGAAAGAUGGUCGCGAAUUCGAUGCAAGCGCACGCUUGUACUUUUGCCAGCCGGUUUCGAAAACCACACCGAAGGAUUCUCCACGGAUUGGCAAGUCGCCUAUUCCUACAAGGAGCCAAGAGAUCUCCUACGACGCUGGUUCAGUGACGAAUUAUCUGCUAUCGUGCUGUUCGCACCAACCUACGAUUCGUCCCUGCUCGACUGGACAACUCCUUGGAUGGAUAUGAUGAAAUGUGUCACUGAAGGCACGGAUCUCUUCUUACUCGCAGGCCCUCAGGACGACUAUGAAUGGGGAGCUGGCGUGGACCUCAUGCGAGAUCUGGCCGAAGAGACUGUACGCCAGAGGCCCGCAUUAAGGCGCCGCAUUUUCGAUUUGUUACCACGCAAGUCGUCGGAUGAAGGACGAGCGCCUCAUCGCAUACUCGGAGUACGACGUGGAAUAGGAGUACCCUCCUACACGCCAGCGCAGGCCAAGCGCUUCUUGAACGAAACUGUGAUCUGUUACGGUCUGCAUCUUCGACUUCACCCUUAUCGACGCACAAAGGAGGCCGACCGACGAUUCCGCCAGAUAGCCACGGAGGAUCAGCGUGGCGAAAGUAGAGAGAUCGAGCAGCAUGAGGAGGCACCAUCGGGUCACCACGCGCCGCAUCGAGGACAGGAGCACCGUCGUCGCCGUAACAGGGAACGUGCAGCCGCAGCCACUAGCCGCGGCACACGAGAGCCCAAAGGAUCCGAUCUCAGUCGGAUGACAGAGGACUCCCUUGCGCCGUCCAGGCCUGACAUGGGGGCCAAGCCAUCUCAAAACAUCAAUAUUGCAGAUAUGGCUGACGAGCCACAAGUGGUGCCGAUGGAUACGGCUCAAGAGGGAAUGCAUGCCGAUCAAGAGGUUAGCCACUGGAACAAGAUUCUUACUGAGCUUCCCCAAAUUGUGGAUAAGGAGCUUAGCGCUAACCUGAGGAAUAUUGCCGAACGUAAAAGGCAAAACAUUUCUGACUGCGGUUCGCAGCGCAACGCACGAGGCUAUUGCGGCGGUGGAGUCAACGUUCGAAAAUGCCAUAGUGGCGAAUGUACUGGCGGAGACUAUGGGGAUUCCCCUACGCCAGCUGGAACGUGA